AUGUCUUCCGUCAGGACAAUGGCUCGGCAAGUACUGUUGUUCUUCUCGCUCGUGUGUCUCAGCUGCGUGCUCGGUCAGGUCACUUAUUCUAUUCCUGAAGAGAUGACCAAAGGCUCUGUUGUCGGUAACAUAGCGAAUGAUUUAGGUUUGGAUCUGAAAAGGCUGAAAUUAGGCAAAGCUCGUGUCUAUACGGGCGGCAGUGUAGAAUAUAUCGGGCUGAAUAAAGACAGAGGAGUUCUCCUCAUUCAGGAGAGGAUCGACAGAGAGGCUUUGUGUGGGGAGACGACACCUUGUGCUUUACAUUUCCAGUUAAUUCUGGAAAACCCGAUGGAAUUGUUUCGUGUAACAGUGGAGAUCACAGACAUUAACGAUAAUACGCCCAGUUUUACAAAUGCAGAGAAACGCUUUGAGAUCAGCGAGUCUGCUGUGAUUGGAUCAAAAUUCGUGUUAGAGAAAGCCGUUGAUCCUGAUAUUGGAAUGAAUGGACUACAACGAUAUGUUCUUUCUUCGACUGACAAUUUUGUUUUAAAAGCUGGAAGCCAGGCAGAUCGAAGUAAAAGGGUAGAGAUGGUACUGCAAAAGCCUCUCGACAGAGAGAAGCAGGAAUAUAUAUCACUGUUGUUAACAGCUGUAGAUGGAGGAGAGCCGCAAAUGUCAGGGACAAUGCAGAUAUUUGUUCAUGUAUUAGAUGUGAAUGAUAAUGCACCGACAUUUGCCAAGCCAUUAUAUCGAGCAAAAAUACAAGAAAAUUCCCCCAGAGGCACCAGUGUGACGACUGUGAGUGCAUCUGAUAAAGACAUAGGCUCAAACGGAGAAUUAUCUUAUCUCAUAUCUACCAGCGACCGCCAUUUAACUGAACUUUUUAAGGUUGAUCCAGAAACAGGUGAAAUUAUCCUGAUUGGAGAAUUAGACUAUGAAAAAGCAAAGCUGUAUGAAAUUGAUGUCGACGUUGUUGACAGUGGGGGACUCUCUGAUUCAUCCAAAGUUAUAGUAGAUGUGAUUGAUAUCAAUGACAACAAUCCUCUGAUAAACGUUGUUUCUAAAUCUGACUCUAUUUUAGAGGACUCCCCUCCAAGCACCGUUAUUGCUAUGUUGAGUGUAAAUGAUCCAGAUUCAGAAAAUAACGGAGAGGUGAAGUGUAAUAUAGACGAAAAUAUCCCGUUCAAAAUCCAAACUACGUUGAAUGGAUUUUACACUCUAGUUACAGAGGUCACAUUAGACAGAGAGGUUGCGUCUCAGUAUAACAUCACAGUGACGUGCUCUGAUGAGGGAGUGCCCUCCCUCUCCAGCAGCGUGACUCUCACCUUGCAGAUCUCUGACGUGAAUGACAACGCUCCUGUGUUUGACAGGAGCUCAUAUGAGGCCUCGAUUGUAGAGAACAACACACCAGGCCUCUCUAUAUUCACAGUGAGAGCCAGAGACGCUGACUGGAAGCAGAAUGCCCGUGUUUCUUACAUCCUGGAGGACUCCUCAGUGAACGGAGUGCCAGUGUCCUCAUAUGUGUCUGUGAGUGCUGAUAGUGGAGUCAUCAAUGCAGUGCGCUCUUUUGACUACGAGCAGAUCAAAGACUUCCAGUUCCGCGUCAGAGCUCAGGAUGGAGGCUCUCCUCCACUCAGCAGUAAUGUUACAGUGAGAAUGGCGAUCCAGGACCAGAACGACAACCCCCCUCAGGUCCUGUACCCAGUCCAGACUGGAGGCUCAGUGGUGGCUGAGAUGGUUCCUCGUGCAGCAGACGUGGGCUAUCUGGUGACCAAAGUGGUGGCUGUUGAUGUGGACUCUGGCCAGAAUGCGUGGCUGUCGUAUAAACUGCAGAGAGCCACAGACAGGGCGCUGUUUGAGGUGGGCUCCCAGAAUGGAGAGAUCAGAACUAUCCGCCAAGUGAGUGAUAAAGAUGCAGUCAAACAGAGACUGACUGUUAUCGUGGAGGACAACGGCCAGCCGUCUCGUUCAGCCACAGUCAUUGUGAACGUGGCGGUGGCGGACAGCUUCCCUGAAGUGCUGUCUGAGUUCACUGACUUCACACAGGACAAGGAGUACAAUGACAACCUGACUUUUUACUUGGUGCUGGCUCUGGCUGUGGUGUCGUUCCUGUUCAUCACGUGUUUGGUGGUGAUUAUCUCAGUGAAAAUCUACCGAUGGAGACAGUCUCGCAUCCUCUAUCACUCCAGUCUUCCUGUGAUUCCAUAUUAUCCUCCACGUUACUCAGACACUCUGGGCACAGGGACUCUCCAGCACGUGUACAAUUACGAGGUGUGCAGGACGACUGACUCGAGGAAGAGUGACUGUAAGUUCGGCAGAGGUGGUAGUCAGAACGUGCUGAUCAUGGACCCCAGUUCAACAGGGACCAUGCAGAGGAUUCAGAGUGAGAAGAGCAUCCUGGAUGAACCAGACUCUCCUCUCGAGGUCAGAAAAAACAAAUAA